GGUGCAUUGGAAAUCCGUACGGCUGCUGGUGUGGUGUGUGGUUGCUAAUUUAAAUAUAUGUUUCGGCAUGUCUGUGUGUAAAAACUGAAUAAUUAUGUAUCAUCAUCAUUAUCAUUAACAUCGGCGAUCAUGUUGUGGAAACUGUGGAUCGUAUAAAAGCGUGCUGGCGCCAUCCAACCGACAUCAGUAAGACUUUUGGCACCUCAGCUGGGACAUCUGUCGGAAGUCGUCUAGUCUCCCUCCUCCUCCCCCCAAAAGAAAAUAGUCAAGGAAAGGUGUUAACAUGAAGGUGUUUGUGUGUAUGUGUGCACUGUUCGCUGUGGCCAAUGCCGGCUUCCUGGGUCUCUUAGGAGGUGGCGGUGGCGGUGGUGGCGGCGGCGGUGGUGGCAGCCUAAAGGGUGGCAGCAUCGGCGGUGGUGGUUAUGGUGGUGGCGGGCAUGGCGGCGGCGGCUAUGGCGGUGGCGGUCACGGACAUGGCGGCCACGGCGGACACGGCAACGUCCAAGUCGUGAAAGUCAUUCACCAGCAGGGUGGUGGUUAUAGCGGCGGUGGCUACGCCGGCGGCUACGGCUACGAGCCCUCCCACCAGAUCUACAAAGUCAAGGUGAUCUCCAGUGGCGCAGCGGCGGCACCCGUUUACAGUGCGCCCGCCCCCGUCAAGGUCAUCAAGCUGUUGCACCAGGAAUCUUCUUCGGGUGGCUAUGCCGGCGGCUACGUUGAGAGUGCACCGCAGGUCAUCAAGGUGUUGCACGAACGCAAUGUGGCUCCGGCAACCGGUUUCAUUGGCGGCGGCAGUAUCGGCGGCGGUGUCACUAAGGUGGUGCGCGUCAUCCACGAGCAUUCGGCGUCGGGUGGUGUUUCGAUUGGCGCACCUGCUCCCGUUUAUAGUGCUGGCAUUGAUACCUCAUCGGGGGCGUACAGCUCUUCCAUCGCAGCCCCAAGUCCGGUCUAUGGCGCUCCCAUCUCUGCUCCAGCUCCAGUCUAUAGCGCUCCCGUUGCCGAACCAGCUCCCGUCUACAGCGCACCUGUGGCCGCUCCAGCCCCCAUCUACAGCGCUCCCGUUGCCGCACCAGCUCCCAUCUAUAACGCUCCAGCUCCCGUCUACAGCGCUCCCGUAGCCGCUCCAGCUCCCGUCUACAGCGCACCCGCCCAGACUUAUGCCCCUACACCUGCUCUCAGCGUUCCAGAUGUUGCGCCCGCCCCCAUUUUCGCCCCCCCACCGGUCCUAAGCCUGCCCGUUCCGGAGCCAGCCUUGCCCGUCGGUCACGUGCCCGCCCAAACCUAUGGACCACCGGCCUACUAA